UGUGGGUUCGACACCUUUUAUACUGCAUUGGGACCUAUGUAUGAUAGCCAUGAAAAAAACUCUUCGAAUUUGCUUGAUUUCUGCAGAGAUAAAAAGAAUGGGAUGAAUAAUUUUGUUCACACUUACAUGCAAAACAUUGCAUACAUACAAUUUAGCAUCAAAGAUGUGUGCUACAAGUUCUCUGUGUUCGAAGAGGCCUUGAAGCGUCAAAAGGAUCAAUUUGAGCUCCUAAAAGUGGUGCGUGCGAUUGGUCCCACUUAUAGGGCAUGCUUUGCUGAAGUAAUGAGAAGAAAAGAGUCAAUGAAAAUCUAUAUGGGCAAGGCUGGACAAUUAGCUGAAAAACUUGCUAGCGAAAGGGACGAGGAAGUUAGGCGAUGAGAGGAAUUUCUGAAAGUCCAUAGUACCUUUAUUCCGCGAGAGAUUUUAGCAUCCAUGGGGUUGUAUGACAUCCCUAACCCGUGCAAUGUCAAUAUUUCCCCUUUUGACACUAAUUUACUUGCUCUAAAUCUUUCAGAUGUAGAGCAUUACGCUCCUGAAUCACUGGUAGGACUGUCUUCUGAAGUUGAAGGAUGUGGUGUAGACCUUCCAGAGAAGUAUGAUUUUGAGGAAUUUAUUGUGGGGCUGGAACGGGAGAUUGCGGGGACUAGCAAGAUGGAAGUUGAGAAUGCGAAGCUGAAAGCGGAACUGGCUUCCAAAAUUGCCAUAUUAUGUUUUAGUGAAGACAACAUAGAGAAUAGGUUGAGAAAUGCUGCAGAGAAGACAUCUGAAGCUUUGCAUCUGAAAGAUGAGUAUGCGAAACACCUUCAAUCAAUGCUAAAGGUGAAGCAUAUGCAGUGUGAAUCUUAUGAAAAUUGUAUACGGGAAUGAGAACAAAGAUUGUCUGAUCGGUAUCUAAGAGGCUGUAACUGUAAGCUUUUGGUGGAUGAGGAAUCAGCAGCAAAGACAAAUGAUAACGAGUUCCAAGUAUCAGGACUUGGAGAAGUUCUCAUGUCCCAUGCUAUGGAAGAUGUCUGUUGCGCAUCGAGCUCAUUGGAAUCGGGGGUUCUUCCUGAUCAUAGCUGCGAUGAAUCUCAGAUGAAUUGCGCUCAUUUAGAGAACUGUCUGCAUAAGGCGAGAGAGGAAGCUCAAACCUAUCUAUGUGCUUCUGAUCGUACUUCAGAGUAUAGUGCAUUGCGUAUCACAGCCGUCAAAACACGCAGUCCUUUUGAAAGACUGAAAGCCUGUGUUUUGUCAUCCGGAGUGGCAACUUUCGCUGAUGCUUUAUGUAGUUUAUGUCAUUCUCUAAACAGCGUUGCCAAUGAAAAUGAUGGUGACGGUACUGCUCGCAUAAGGGUGCUAGCAGAAAAAGUAGGCGUUUUGUCUAGACAGCGUGCUGAAUCGUUCGACAGGCACUCCAAAGUUGAGGCUGUAAGUGAGAAACUUACUAAUGAACAAGAAGAGAAGAAAGAGUUGGUGAAUAUUCUUUACUUGAAGCAUCAACUCAAAAACAGCCGCGACUGAGAGGAAAUGAUUUCGUUGCAGGCGACGAUAGGGAGGUUAGAAGUGAAUGAGAUAGCUGCAUUCGUCCUCAAAUCUUCUGGUUUCUACGAGGCUAUCAACCGAAAUUGCCCUUACUACUAUCUAUCUUCUGAGUUUGUAGCCUUGUUCACUGAUCAUCUCCCGAGCUGUCCAAGCUAUAUUGUAGCGCAGGUUGAUCACAUCGAAAGGAGAACAGCAAAUUCAGCACCGCUGACAUCAGAACGAGCGGAGCAUGGUAGAGACCGAGUGGAUGUGCUGAUGCCGGAUAUUGGUAGCAACCAGGGCUUGACUUUGGUAUCGACGCUGAGCCCUUAUGGUCUCCAUGUUAACCGUGAAUGCUUCAUAGUGACUGUAGCCAUGUUACCUGAUACCACAAUUCAUUUGCCUACUUCCUGA